AUGGCAUUGGGAUGUCUUCAUAAUCUCUCUGGCCAUAAUGGCAACCAGAUAAUGUUCAUAUCUGAAGAAUUUCUUGAAGACCUUGGUGAUAUUUUAUGUGAUUGUAGUAACCCUGAUGCCCAAAGACAUUCAGCUGCUGUCAUCAGGAAUCUUGUUGAUGGAGACUUCAUGCAGAUUAUCAAACGUAGAAGCUUGGAAAUGCUAACUUCAAUCAUCAUGAAGACAGAAUGCAGAGCAGAAGUUCUUGGUGAAGUUACAGGUGCCAUAUCAAUUCUUGCUGCUGAAGAUGAUAUUAAACAUUGUUUGGCAGAGAUAGAAGAUGGCAAAGUGUUUGAGAAAUUAGUGAAAAUGGCCUCACAAAAUCCAAAUCCUGAAGUCCAGUAUAACUGUGCUGGGACACUCUGUCAAAUACUCAUUAAUGAAGUUCUGCCUGAUUAUCAGAAAGAAGAAAAUUUGCAUGACAUCAUUGCAUACCUUAAUGCAUUUCUCAAAUCCACCGAUCCAAAUUUUGUUCACCUUUCUCUUUGGACAAUCAGAAAUCUUUUAACAGAUGAAAUAUUUUUCAAUACAUUCAAAGAACAUGAAAUUGAAACUGUCAUCCAUGAAACAUUGGAUUCGGAUAUUGAUUUGGAAACUGGCACUAUUUCCAAACUUGCCCAUCGCAUCCUCAAACAUUUAGCUGAAGAUGACAUCCUGUCAAUCCCACCUUAG